AUGAAUCUGUUCGAGGACUGGGACGCUACAGAAAAGCGGACUCAACAGCAACAGCAACAUCCGUCCGGCUACGCUGGCACAGCAACAAGGCAGCAGCAGCAGCAGCAGCAGCAGCAUGCACAGCAGCGACAACGAACACAGCCGCCGGUAUCGCCAACGUCCCGAGAUGUUGGGAGCAACCCGCCGCAAACAAGGGUACAAGGAGGAGGGCGUGCCCUAGACUCCUCCGCCUGGGGGCAAGGACAAGCGGCGGCUUCGUCGGCGACACGAUCAUCCGCAACAGCAGUAGCAGCAGCAGGAGCUGGUUCUUCAGCGAGCAAGAUGAGCCCGUUCGGAGGAGAAGGAGGAGGUGGAGGAGGAGUAGGAGGAGGGGUCUCCUCCGAUCUGAAUCCUUUCGCACCGCCCUCGUCAAACCCGUUCGCGCCAUCGUCAUCUAACCCCUUCGGAACUGGCUCUACGUCAAACUUGUUUGGCUCUGGCGCAGCAGGACCUGAUGGGUCAAAUCUCGUUCCGGCGGCGAAACGAGGUGGAGAGCCGCCGAUAUUUUCCCUGCAGCGCCUGGACGCCCUCAAGGCCUCCUCCUCUUCCUCCUCUGCGUCGUGGUCCAUCCUGGCGGUGGCUGUCGGCAACGGCACUCUGGCCAUGGCCACGUCGGACUGCUGCAUCAUCCGCUGGAGCGCCAGCUCGCCACACGGCGGGUCUGAGGAGAUCGAGAUCUCGAAGCGGCAGGAGGACACCAUCCACAAGCUCUUCCUGGACCCCACCGGCAACCACCUGCUGGCCUGCCUCCACGGGGGGGAGACGUACUACCUCCACUCGGCCACGACGAGGCCGAAGCGGCUGCUCAAGUGGUCCGGGGUGGUCGUAGAGGCCGUCGCCUUCGACUCGCAGCGGUGCACGGAGGGUUCGACGAAGGGCAUCGUUGUCGGCACGAGAUCGGGCGACCUGUACGAGUCCUCCCUCGAGAGCAAUGGAAAGGAACGGCCCUUCAGCCUUGUCUUCAGCCUCAGCCGCCGACAAUCGAGGGGAGGUGACGGGACUGACGGAGGUAGCGGGCCCGGCGGUCGCUCUCGGACCGACAGCAGCGGUCUCGGUGGAGGAGGUAGCGGGGGCGGGGCAGCGGGGGGCGCGGGGGGGAGGGUAGGGGGCGACGCGGUUUUCGUUGCGGCGCUGUACCUGGAGUCUAUGAGCUCGGCGGUGCACGGGGAGACGAGGGUCUUUGUCAUGGCGGUGACCGCCAGUCCGCUGCGGCUGUAUCUCUUCAUGGGGGGCCCGACGUUGGAGGUUAUGUUUCGGGAGCAUCGCGAGUCGGGCACCAAUUCCUUUCGAGAGCUACCGGGAAACAUGCUUAGCACGGAGUUGCACGUCUACCGCAAAUCGUUAGGGGCCGCCGGGGGGGCGAAGAAGGGCUUGGACAGGGAGGAAGGCAGCGGGGGUGGGGGUGUCGGCGGGGCGGCGGCGGCGGGGCAUCUGAGUGGGCGAGGGGGCGUGAAAAGGCAGAAGGAGGUCCCUCAUUCGUUCGCGCUGUUGACCUCGAUGGGGAUCUACCACGGCAGUCUUGCCUUGGGGAACGAUGCCACGCCAGGCAACGUCAUCUCCGAAGCGCAGCUCGUGCCGUAUCCGGAGGCGGCGGAGGCGGGAGACAGCGGCGGCGGCGGCGGAGGGGGGACCAUUGCGAGGUCAUCAUCCCCGCUCUCGAUGGCGAUGACGGAGUUCCACUUCCUGCUGCUGUUCACCGGCCGCUUGCAGGUGGUCAGCAGGCUCAACGGUGCUGUCGUUCAGGAGGAAAGCCUGGAGACCCAUGACCCUACCAUGGGGCACGUCCUGACCCUGCUGACCGACCCCUAUACGGGAGGCGGGGCAAUGCAGGGAGCGGCCCCUGGAAUCGGCGUGGCCAAUCGGCUGUGGCUCUUCACAGACAGGCUUCCGUUCAAGUUGCGGGUGUCGCAUGAGGAACGGAACGUGUGGAUGCUGUUCCUGGAGAAGGCCGUCGCGGGCGAGGAGGCGCACUUCGAGGACGCCGCUCAGCACUGCAAGAACGCCGUAGAACGGGCACAGGUCCACUACGUCCAGGCGGGGUGGUACUUCCGUCGGGGACAGCACACGGUCGCGGCGCGCUACUACGCCAAGACGCCCUGCUGCUUCGAGGAGAUAGCGUUGAAGUUCAUGGAGUGCGAGGACGGCUGGAAGGCCACCGCUUUGAAGACGUACCUCCUCGAGCGACUCGGGCACCUGUCCCAGAAGCAGGGGGAGUACAAGAUGCAGCGGACCAUGCUGUGCACUUGGCUGACCGAGAUCUUUCUGAGGGGCUUCACGUACCUGCCGCUGGAUUCGGGCACUGCACGAGAGAGGGAAGAGGCGGAGAACUGCCUGGCCGAGGAGCUCAAGUCCUUCCUGCGCGACUACUCUUCCGCCCUCGACCCGGCCACGACCAUGAACCUCCUGUCCAAGCACGGCCGCGGGGAGGAGGCGUUAUUCUACGCCACCCUCGUGGAGGACUACGACAGGGUGCUCGCGCACCACACCAGCCACGGCCCGGACCACAAUGCCGCCCUGGAGGUCCUGAGAAAGGCGCCAUUCGACAAGGUUGAGCCGCUCGUGUACAAGUACAGCGCCUCACUUAUGGCCGCCGACCCGGCGGGGACGAUCGAAACCUGGAUGUCCAAGCCCCAGCUGAAGCCCACCAAGCUGAUCCCCGCGUUGGUUCGCUACAGCCAGCGGCGCAAGGCGGCGAUGGUGAGGCUGUCUGCGUCGCCCCCCGCAGCGGUUUCGGUUUCGCCGACGGCGGAGGGAAAUGCCUCCUUGGCGGUGGGGGAAGGGGAGGACUUGGCCAUCAAGUACCUCGAGUUCUGCGUCAACGACCUCAAUCUCAAGGAUGCCGCCAUCCACAACCACCUCCUCGCCCUCUAUGCCCAAGAGGAGCAGUGGCGAGAAGGCCACAGACACCCUUCGUCGCCGCCUUCCACUAGGGGGUACAAGGCGUUGUCGGGGGAGGGGUCUGUUUCGGGGUCGGGGUUGACGCAGCAGCAGCAGCAGCAGCAGCCGUCGUGGCUAGCAGAAGGUGGCGAUGGCGGCGGGGGAGGAGGAACCGCCCCAAGGACGGCGACGGCUAGAGCAACAGCUUCGGGGUCGUCGUCGCUUCUGGCGUUCAUCGCCAGGCCGCCGGAGGAGAGGUUCUUCGACCCGAUGUACGCCCUGCGGCUCUGCUCUCAGCACGGGCGGUCGCUGGCCUGCGUGCACCUGUACUCGGCGAUGGGGCUCUGGGAGGAGGCUGUUGACCUCGCGCUCACAGUCGACACGGACAUGGCCAAGGCCAACGCUAACAAGGCUCCGGACCCCGAGACAAGGAAGCUGCUGUGGCUCAAGAUCGCAAAGAGGGGGGUGGAGCGUUGCCGCUCCACCGACAUCGAGGGGACCAUGCGAGUAUUGCAGGCGUUAUGCUCUUGA